UCGAUUUAACGAAGCUCCGAUUUUAUGGGUGGUUGCAAUGCUGAAACACCGUUAACUCGUGCCGUACAGUUUUGCAGCACGUGUUCGAUCGAACGAUAAAGGUCGAAUGAAUUCGUGGAAGAUAAAUCCCACAGAUCUGACGGUGCUGUUAGUGGAUUACUAAGAGAGGGAUUCGUGAAACACGAAGGAACGCUCGAUUACAAGAAAUGAAGAAGAGAAGAGAUGUUGCUGGAAGUAGAGGAUGAGACUCGCGAUUUUGUUACGAUUUAUAGAAAAGAUUUUCCAGCAAAGCAAGCUGAAAGGAGGAAACAAUAUGCACAAGGAACAGCUUUUCCUCCACCUUUGACAGCUUUAAAUGGUCCUUAUAAAAAGUGUUUGUAUACUCGUGUACGGAAUGAGAAUUUACCUUUGAACGAGCAGACCGAAGAUCCGCAAGAAGUUUUGGACAGAAUUCGCGAGAAUCAUCCUCGUUUUAAAGGAUUUCUCCCAGAAAUCAUCCCAGACCAAAACCUGAUCGAAAAGAAAGAAAACGAGGUUAAACACACUCGGUAUCAAUUGGAUUAUACAAAAGGAGAGUUAUCUGAGUUGCAAGUCUACGGCAAGAAGAAAGAUAUAGAAUUACCAGAAGACUGGAUUAUAGCGGAAACAAUUCAACGUAUGUCUUAUAAAAAUCCAUGGAAGAUUGUCUCAAAAAAUUUAUUGUAUGUCAAGAAAGCUGAAAAACCACCGAGUAAUUUAGUUCCGAACGAAAAGGAACGGGAAAUUCUUCGCAUACGAACUGGAGAUACAGAAUAUGAUGCCACAAUCGAUGACACAGGCAGUCACAUACUAAAAACACGUCCCUAUGGACCACCAUUGGCAACCGAACCACAAAUAUAUUCUAAAGGACCCAACAGUACGCCGUCUGAAUGCUCUUUGAUUCUCAAAGAAAAGAAGAUCGCUCUUCCAUCCAAUGUAUUAUAAUCUCCCAAAAAAGCAUUAAAAAAGUGACA